AUGGUAAAAGUUCUCAGAUGCCCAACUAUACACAAUCUCCCUCAUCAGACAAUUAAUUGUCCUGACGGGUACAGAUACGGAUCUCAUUGCAAUUUCAAAUGUACAAAUGGAUCGCUUAUAAACGGCACGGGCAUAGCUACUUGUGAGAAAGAAAGUAUUGGGGAGUAUGCCUCCUGGCGUUGGGGAGAUUAUCAGCCAUUCUGCGAGGUUGUUCAGCUAUGUAAAGAUGAUCUGCGGCCUCCUGAUAAUGGCGCUGUAGCAUGUUACUACUGGUUAGGCGGAAAGUUUUGUCAAAUGUUAUGUAGGAAUGGUUACGAUGUUCCCCCUGGGUACAUCUAUUCAGAGAUGUAUGUGUGUGGCGAAUCGGGAGAGUGGUUGCCUGGAUCAGCGUUGCCCAACUGUGCAAAAAUAUUUAACAGUCAAACUUCGGCAUUACGAAUGGACGUGAAUUACUACUUCGAUGGAGACUGUAAUAACGCUGACGUGCUAAGAAGUAUUGAAGUAAAAUUCAUCCAAGCAUUGAUGGCUUCUACAUUCAAAGAUGCUUGUGAAGUGUAUGCUGAAAAAUGCCACCCUUGGAAUGUCCAGAUACCUAGUGAAUGUGACGAUCAUGACGAUUGUAAUAUAAACCAAUGCAACGGUGGAUUGUGUAAAGAUGGACUCUUCACAUAUAGCUGUGUCUGUCCGAUUGGACUAAAGGGAGAUAAUUGCGAAAUCAAUACAGACGAUUGUGAGGACAACUCUUGUGAAAACAACUUAAUGUGCAUAGACGAAAUCGGAGGAUAUACAUGCAAAUGUGAUAUCAACUUUAAGGGCGAUUGCUGCGAAAUUGCAGUCGUUGACGGGAGUUGGAGUUCGUGGGGCAACUGGUCAGUAUGUUCUUCUACAUGUGGAAAUGGGACCUCAACACGGAAACGCCUUUGUAACAACCCAACACCAGAUAACGGUGGCAAUGACUGUCUAGGUGAAGCCACUGAAACAAUAGUCUGCAACAUGGCUGAUUGUAUUGUUUGUACAAACUUGACAACCCCAGCCAAUUCGGUCCUCGUCUGUAACUGGAAUACUACCGAGGACGCCGUUGACUGCAAAUUAACCUGUAAGGAUGGCUACGACUUUGAUCAUCCCGCGAAGAAAAACUUCUUUUGUGGACCGGAUACAUUUCACUUAUGGGAUUUCAAAACGGACGAUAACGCUUACGGCCGGCUCCCUACAUGUACAGUCACUUCAGAUGGAUGCAAGGAUACUAUCAUCCAGUCACUGGAAGAAAUACUGACGAAAAAACGCGGCAACGAAUUCAACACGUUUGUGGACGGUGUCGAAUAUGCCGUCAGACAAAACAGCUCUGCGUUUGGUGGAAAGUUUUCUGUGACCCUGGUUCAGUUCCCGUACACAAUUACUGUGGAAAUUGUUGGGCAGACGUCUUGUAUAAGCUGUCCUGAUGGAUUGACUACUGAAGGAAGGGCAUCGACAAAUCU